AUGCAUGAACGCAAAGAAUUUUCUAAAAUUACUUUUAAUAUCGAGGAAAUCUAUCUAAGUGAUUUGACAAUCCCUUAUCUACCAAAUGAUUUUCACAACAAUGAAGAACUCUACUUUAAAAAUAUUAAAAUAUUGCAUUACGAUAAUACAUAUUCUCCCAAGUUUUUGAAAAGGCUUGUUGGAACUGUUAAUAAAAUUGAAAAAUUAACUGUUGACAUAAAAGAAAAUGAAGUUGACGAUGGAUUAGGUGAACUGAUAAAUCAGCAAUCUAAAUUAAGAAUAAUUCAUCUUCUUGUAGAAAAAGAUUGCUCUUUAUUUACAAAAACCUUGGAGGCAUUAUUGGGUAAAUCGGGCUCAUUAACAGAAUUCAGAGGCUACAUUCACACUAUGGAUGAAAUGUUGGAAAAAGGAGCAAAAUUCGAAAACAUGAAAAUAUUGGACCUAUUUAAUCAUUAUGACGAUGGGAAUAUUCCAAUGAGUUAUUUCAAGCAUGCUGAAUUUCCAUCACUUGAAGAAUUUUAUUUUCAGUUUAAUGCUGAAGGUGAUAUGGAUGACCUUAUUCAGUUUAUUAGCCGAAAUGGGUCAAAUCUAAAAGUUAUUGUCAUUCAAGGCAAUCCUGACGAAAUGUUACUUGAACUUUUUAUCAAAGAAACCAAAACAACUUGCAGAAAUUUAAAACGCUUAUCAACUCCUAUAUCAUCAUGA